CUGUUAUUCGUUUCUGUGUCUAUCAGUUAUUCGUAUCCGUAUCUAAAACGCCGACGUCGUCGUUCUUCUCUCGUCUCCUAUUGUCUUUCUCCUCGCCUUAUACUCUUCGUCGACGCCUCAUUCGCGAUGGCUGCAGCUACGACAGAGUACCAGUGCUUCGUGGGAGGCCUCGCCUGGGCUACGGAUGACCGAGCUCUGCAGAAUGCAUUCCGCCAGUGCGGUGACGUGGUGGACUGCAAGGUCAUCUUGGACCGCGAGACUGGCAGGUCGAGAGGCUUUGGGUUUGUCACUUUCGCUGAUGAGAAGUCAAUGAACAACGCCAUCAGCACGAUGAAUGGCGUUGAGUUGGACAACAGAUCCAUCACUGUGAACCAAGCUCAAGCAAGAAGUGGCCGGAGUGGCGGCGGCGGCGGCGGCUUUGGCUCUCGCGGCGGCGGUCGGUACGGUGGCGACAGCGACCGGUACGGCAGUGGGUAUGGCAAUGGAGGUGGAUACGGCGAUGGCGGCUAUAGCGCCGGUGGCUACAGCAGCCGCUCGCGAGGUGGUGGUUAUUAGACAAACCUCGCCAUCCUCUUUGCGGGUCAUCUAGUCCACAAGGGUAAUGGUGGGGGUUGAGUAGUCAGACGCCUCUAGAGUAACGGCGGUUUCAGCCUCUCGUGUGUCCGUCGUUUGCCGUUUCUGAAGUGGAUGUACUUGGUUCAAUAGCUAUAGUACGCAAAGAGGUUUUUCCCUCUCUCUCCAACUCUUUUCUAUUCUGUUUUGGUUUCUUUUGGUCUCGUUUUGCUGUCGCGUCUUUCUAUCAUAUGACGAUUACCAAAUCACACGAGAUCUGGAGGAGCGGGUGGAGAAUCGUGGAUGCGAAGCAUGUAUAGAGGCGGAGAUAUUUUAGACCGGACAUAGCUUCGGACUGUGUUAGCAAGGACCAGUUCCUCCGGACUCUGCGCUCUAAACGAGCCUAUGGUGGGGAAUUUAUCUUUGUCUUUUUUGCUAUUCCAAUCUGUUGGACUCGCACUGCAGCAUUGCUCUGAAAUCACCGUUGUUUAUACAAUCUGUGUGAUAGUAUUUGGAAGGUAGUGAUGAUGAUGCAAUUUUGACCGAUUAGUCAGUCUGGUGGAGAUAUUCAGAUUUGAUCAUCAUGGGGUUAUUACUGUGUGCAACAAAAAACUCUGUGCGGGCUUCGAAAGUCUUAACUGUACGGCGAAUAACGGAACGGAAGAUUUCGGCGAUCGUUUCAGUGCACGGAACCAGACGUGAUGCCACGAAAAAUCGAGUGCGUUGGCGGCGAAGGCAUUGAUCUCUUGAUGAGUUAGCUGUAACCACUACUUCCUCCUACCUGCGUAUCCAGUGGCUAUGAUGUGCGGCUGCUGCUGAUAAUACUUACUGUUUGCUGUGAUGCGUUCAAAAGAGUUGAGAUGGAAGGGGUGGUUGGUUAUGGAUUAGCUGCCUGCUGCCGUUUCUCCUCUCCGUUUGUUAUAUCAUGUGAACGGACGAAGGCGGGCUGCAGCGAGUUGCCCUCCCCAAUUGUAAGGGGUAAAUGUCCGUUGGGUGGUUGAUUGACUUCAUUGGCCCCUUCUUGACGGCGGCGGUUACAUCAGAUUUGCCGAGUAUGAAUGGUCCUCAUGUUUCUGGCUAAGUGCGUGUAUCUGUAUUCAGUAUCUGCUCGGUCUUUUCGGAAGGGAGGCGUUAAGUUUUUGGUCUUUUUUUCUGCGUAUGUAGAUCUUUUUGAACUGAUACUUUCAAAUUUCGUGUAGAUUCUCGUGAACUGAUAUUCUUAAGUGGACCAGAUGAACAUUGGAUGAAGCUUUCUGAUGAUCACGUCGUCCCGACUGGUCACGUUCUGCCUUUUUGACGGCUGCUGCGUGUGUGAUAGUUUAGUCUCCGGUGAAGGUUCUGUUCCCCGUUUCCAUGUUGAUGGGAGUGGGAGAUGGUUACUGUGAAGAGGGGGUUGGGAUGCGGCGAGGAGGGGGGGUCGGCAUUUCGACGAGAUUGGCUCCGGUUAGGACGUACGCGUCGGGACGGUUUUUAAAAGUCCUCCACGUGGUGCGAGACGUGUGGGGGUUUGUUUCCUGUUUGUGGACUCGUGGAGUUUGAAACAAAUUUCCGUCAAGAUGAUGAUAAAAGUUGAGGGACGACCAGUUGCGUAAAAAUAUCCUCGUUCGUUUAAGUUCUAUAUGUUAAUGGACAAAUUUGACGGCUCCACGUUUUGAAGACCGUCUACUCUCUUAUCUCCGUGCAACAUAGAUAUUGUCGAGUGUCCUAGUUCGUCUCGCUUCUGCGGUGGAGGUAACUGUAUUCUCUCGUCUCCUUACAAAAUCGAUAAUGUCGAGUGUCUUAGUUCGUCUCGCUUCUGCGGUGGAAGUAAUUCAAGCUGUUACUGAAACGGUUUCUGCGGUAUGGUAUGGUGCCUUUUGAGUGUUUCAUCGAUCGAUCGGUUUAUUUGGAUGAUGACGAUUGCGCUUUUUUUGGGUUCAAGAUUCGGUUCGAGGAUGGUAGCUGCAAAUGUCUGCGUAGAGGUUUGUGUUUGCUUCUUUCGCAAUGACAAUGACGGUUCUCGUUCGGUUCAGGUCGGUUCGGUUGAUGAGAUUCAAUUUGAUCGUGAUUGCACGCAUCAGGAUAGAGGUUUAGUCGGCACAUUUGAUUGAUUCGGAAGGUUAACAUGGGUUCUCGUGCGGUUUGGUCAGUUAUUAACGACGGCUAACGACGGCUCUCGUUUGGCUCUGUUCGGUUGAUUAGUUUGGUGGUUUCAGGUUUGAUCGCUGUCACACGCGCGCUUAUGCUUCUAUGCUCUUUGAUCUGAAAACUGUUACACGCAUGCUUCUCAUUACGAGGUUAACGACGGUUCUCGUUGUCUGCAUUCCUUGUCCCCUUUCAGUGCUUCUGUGGUGGACAUUAUCCGGCAUGAUGUCACGUGGUCGUUAAUGGUUCUCUUGUUAAUCCUUACGCUCUCUCUGCGCGUAAUGAGGUGGUGCCACGAAUGUGUUUUUGGCUUCACUAAUGUUUUUCGUGGCUCAGCUUCGCAUCUGGGCUUUGACGAGAGUGGUGGAUGUAGGUGGAGUGGUGAGCUGAUAUUCGGCGCUUGGGGACUUGGGACUGUCUCUGCUUGACAGUUGUGGUUGUUGAGGGAUGGAGAGGGGAGGCACAUGUUUUGUGAAGAGGGAGCGAGUGGGAGAUGAGGUACAAGCAAUGAUGUGAAUCUUGAGGUUGGGUUCAGUUCCGAGGUUUCUUUUUGGUAAUCGUAGGUGGUCACAUAUAUCAGUGCUGGUAGUCUGCUGAGUAUCUUACUCUUGUCGCCGUGAAUACGAUGUUGUCUUUUUCGAAAGUAAAUACUUGAAGCACUUGCGAUCGCUAAUACGUAGCGUUUCAAGCUUGGAAUUUUUUCUCAUUUGGACAUGGUGUCAUGAUCUCUGACAUGAGAACAAAGAUCUUGGGAAAAUGGGUUCGUUGGGUAGAUGGGUUUGUGAUGUUCUUAUAUGGUGAUCUUCGAUUUAUCUGCAAAUAUGCGUCGCUGUGUUUGUUUAUGAACGAAAUGCUGGGCUCACGGGUGUGGAACUUGAAUGCGCGUAUGACAUGAGGGUACGUGAAUGUGCCAUGAAAAAAAGUCCAUUAUUUCGUUUGGACUCGAGUCGUUGAACGCGCGUGCGGACGUGGUCGAAAGGAAAUGAUUGGUUCGAAAGGAAAUGGGUUCGUUGGGUAGAUGGGUUUGCGAUGUUCUUAUAUGGUGAUCUUAUUUAUCUGCAAAUAUGGGUCGCUGAUGUUUGUAUGAGCGAAAUGCUGGGCUCAUGGGUGUGGAACUUGAAUGCGCGUAUGACAUGUGAGGGUAGGCAAAAGGAUGUUUGCAAAGGAGAUUGAUUAUGCCUAUUUGAGAAAAAGGAAAAGGAUUGUCUUCUUUUUACUUCUCACCUACCUGCAUGUCAAUAAGGUUUCUUUGUCUUAAGAAAAUAAUAGUUUGGUAAGCGCUGUAAAACAACUUCGAUUCAAAUAAAGCAGAAAAGGUCAAAUGAAUGUAGUCUUUUCGC